AUGCAAAGCUGCAAAGAGCGACUGCCAGAUUGCGCAACGGGUUCCGUGAGUCCUGAGGCUGCCACUGCAGACGCCGCCAGCCAGAACGAACCGUGCCCGCCAGAGCCGGAUGUGACAACGAAGAACGGCAAACAGAUGCGCGGGCGCCUAGAUGUGGGAGGCUCAGCAAAGUGGCGAGUUAUCCAGGGCUUCAGCAUGAGCCAUCACGAAGCUGCGCAUCCAGAUCACCAGCCGGUGAACAUGGCGUUGAAGAUGCUCAUCUCACCGAAGGAAGGUGCUUGCAUAUUGGGGCCCAAUGGCAGCUACAGCAAGCAGAUUGCUGACCGAACGGGAGUGAGGCUGCAAUUGAGCCAAAAAGGCGAGUUCUACCCUGGCACGCAGAUGCAGGAGUUGUGCAUCAGGGGUGCGGCCAAUGAUAUGGUGCUGCAGGGUGUCAUGCAGGUCAUAUCCAGGAUGAGCGAAGAUCAUGGCAGGAUCUUUGGCGUAGAGACUGACGUCGAAGAAGGUGGAGCCCGCGUCCAUUUCGUGGUGCCUGUGCCGUCUGCCAACGCUUUCAAGGGCAUCCAGGGCGAGAACAUGAGAUACAUCCAGGGUGAGUCGGGCAUGAAGAUCCACGUUGAGGACUUUGUGGUUGGUUCGGGUGAGAUGGCUGAGCAGGUCGUAUCUUGCGCUGGACCGCUGAGGGGGCUGGAAGUGGUGGUUUCCUUCCUCUUAGAGAAGGUCGCCGAGGUGUCUUCUCAGCCAUGGUUUAGGGACUGGGCCUUUAAUCACAAAGCUUGCCCCGGAGGAAUUCCAGGGCAGGCGCCGAAGGGUGGCGCUGGUGGCCAUGGUGGCCUGAAGGGUGGCCUGAAGGGGCCACCAGUUGGAGGCUGCAGCCUGGGUGGCUAUGGUCCAGCAGGAUAUGCCAAAGGCGGCAAGGAUGCAGGGAAGAUGGGUGGCAAAGGCUAUGCUUCAGCCCCUGUGACGCCCGCGGCUGGCAUGCAGCUACUGAAAGGUGCCCUUUCAGCGCUGCCCAGCGAGCUGGCAAAUCCCAUGGACCAAUCGCAAGUGGUGCAGUACCUUUGCCCCGCCAAUUUGGUGGCAAACGUUGGCAAUUCUCUUCUGGAGAUUUCAGGUGCCACCGCGACGCACAUUGACGUCCGAGACGCGCCGGGAAAUCCUGCGGAGAAAGCUAUCACAAUCAGUGGCAAUGCUGUUGGCUGCUGUGUGGCCUAUUUGCACGUGGUGUCAAGAUUCUCCGGUGUCCAGCCGGGAGGCCGAGAGAUGAUGCAACCGGUGCAACAAAUGCAGCAAGGUUUCAAUGCACCUGCUGGAGCCGGCAUGAACUGCAUGGGUGGCAUGGGCAACAUGUGUGGGAUGGGUGGCAUGAACAUGGGCUGCAUGGGCAACACGGGCAACGGUGGCAUGUGCUGCAUGGGCGGCAUGGGUGGAGCGGGAAGCAUGGGCGCGAUGGGCAAUGCGGGCAACAUGGGCAACAUGGGCAACACAGGCAGCAUGGGCAACAUGGGCAUGGUCGGUUCUGGCAGUUUCCUGUGA